AUGAAAUUGUUGUCAAGUGCACGCCACAUACACAUAAUUCCAGAUGAUAUUAAUCAUCAUGAGUUUAAAAAAAAAGGUCACACUAACACUUUCCCAUUUAAGAAUUACACAAUACUUGCCAUAUGCAAUUGGUUCCCAAUUUUCAUACACGAACAUGGCUUAAAACAAUACCAUGUCGGUACUUUUAACUUUCUCUCAAGUAUUGAAUCUAAUUCAAACAUUGACGACAUUUUUACUUCUUCUGCUUUCUUUCUUUAUUGUUACUUGUUUUUUAAACAAACAAAUAACCCUUGUUUUUUCUUUUUCUAUUAUAAUCAAAGAAACACAAAAAAUUAUGAAACAAUAGAGAUAACCAAUAUCAGGAGUAAAAUGUUUGGUUUAAUAAUACUGGUAAUAUAUACCACCCACGUGUCUCUAAUUAAUGUCUAA